AUGUCUUCGAAUAGAUCAUCUAGAUUAGAAGCGGAAAAGUUACAAAUUAUCCAACAAUCAAUGUCAAGAGGUAGAUCACCUGGGGUUGGUGGUGGUCAAGGUCAUAGUAGACUGUCUUCAUUAUCAAAUGAUGAUUAUUCAAAAUGGUCAAUUAUAAAUCAUGAUCCGCUGGAAAGAUUAAAAAAAGAUAAUGCGGAAAACUUUGAUGAUUGGGAAAAUGAAAUUAGUGAAGAAGAACAUAUUUCAGAUGAUGAUACAAAUGAGAAAUUUCAAUAUGAUGAUACUGGUAAUAUUUUACCAAAUUAUGCUUGUCAAGAUGAAAAAAUUGAUGAAAUUAGUUCUAUUUUAGAAAAUUCAAAUUUAAAUGAUCAGACUACUAUUAAAAGAUUAGAAGAAUUAACUGCAAGUGAACGAGCAUUUGCAGCUGCAAAAAAAGCAGGUUCAAAAUUAGAUCAAGAUUUAUUAAAUAAAUUGGUAAAUGAUAAACAAAAAUUAACUGGACAAGAUUAUUUAAAUUUAAAUAAAAGUGAUCAAGAUGCAUUAGCAAGAAGACAAAAAUUGGAUAAUUAUCAAGCUUAUAGAAAGAAAAUAAUUGAUCAAGAAAAGUAUAAUAAUAAUAAUAAUAAUAUUCAACAUAAUAAUGAUUCAUUAUCACCUACAAGAGGAGAUGAAGAAAAAAGUAGUUCAAAUGAAGAAUUUAUGGUUCCUUACACUUCCGCAGUUGAAGAUAAAUUAGAUAGUGAAUUUGCUUCUGAGUUAAAUGAAACUAUAAAAGAAGGUGAAAUAGACUCAAAUAAACCACAUUCAAGAGUUAUACAAACAAUAACAAGAGGGUCAUUUUUCCAAUUAAUUAACCCCAAAAUUAAACCAAAAAUGUUUUUAGUAUGUAUGGAUUUUUCGCCAGAAUCUAUAUUUGCUUUAGAAUGGAGUUUAGGUACUGUAUUAGUUGAUGGAUCUGUUUUAUUUAUAAUUUGUGUCAUUGAAGAUAAUGAUACAAAUCAUCAUUUAAAAGGUAAUACUCAAAAUGAAAAUGCAAGAGAACAAACAAGAUUGAAAAUGUUGAAUAAAGCAAAACAACAAGUUUUAAAUUUAUUAAAAUUAACAAAAUUACAAAUUCAUAUAGUUAUUGAAAUUAUACAUCAUCCAAUUCCAAGACAUUUGAUAUUAGAAUUUAUAGACAAUUUACAACCAACCUUAGUGGUUGUUGGAUCAAAAGGUCAAAGUGCAAUAAAAGGGGUUUUAUUAGGUUCAUUAUCAAAUUAUUUAGUCACAAAGUCAACAGUACCCGUAAUGGUUGUACGUGAAAAAUUGAAGAAAAUUAAUAGAUUUAAAUCUGGUUCAUCAGUAUUUUCAAAUAACAUUAAACCAUUGACAUUAUCAGAAGCUAGAAUUGAUUGA